AUGAAUUGCCAGCUCUGUGGACAUCAUUCCUCUGUAUAUCAUUCCUCCCAAGGUGGACAGCUUCAUCUGCAGCCUCUUGCUGGUACAGAAUAUUUCUCUGUAAAGUGUAGGGAAUUAGCUAAAGCAAUCAAGCAAAAUAGCACACGUAGUCAUUUCCUGUCACAGGUGGUUAGAAAGCCCCUUCUUCCCAUGUGCCUCGGCUAAAGCACCUCUUUCCCUGUCCACCACUGUACAUCUGUGUGAUAUUGAAGUUGCCACUUUGAAAAAUGUUUUUGGACCAAUUUCAUACCUGCUCACUCUGGUCUCCUUCCUAAUGUGCUGUAUUCUGUAUACAGCUUGAGCUGUAGGAUGAUGGAAAUUCACCGUUAGAUUAAACUCAUUUGAAUCAAUGAAGAGGUUGAUGCCUAAUCUUUAAAGAUUUCGUCCAUGUUGCAGGUCUAUAAAUUAUUAAGCCCUCCUGCUGUGAUACCUCUAUUGCACGACACACAUCAUGUUUUGGCAGUUAAUCAGCAAUGGAUGUUCAGAAGUUUCUUUGUGUCCUCUUUUCCUUUUUGCAUAUGACUUACUAAAGGAAAAACACAGAAUUUAUCAAUGGCUUAAUGCCCCAGCUAAUCCAUGCUGGGCCACCAUUUGGAGUGAGUCAUAAAUGGCUUGAACUGGUUGUGUCAAUAAGACGUAGUCGCUACUGAUAUGGUGGCUUAUAAGAGAGGGCAGUACUUUGCACCUGUAAGAGCUGCAUAGAAGGAAUUUCAGCAGGUGUGCUACAUCCCUGUUAGCAUUUCUUCCUCUGUGCAACUAUUAAGGAUGUUGGACCACAGUCCUGUUUUUCAGCAGCCCUGCUACCUACUUUCCCACCACUGAAGUGAAGCCAAGUUAUGUGUGUGAAGCUUUCAUCUUCCUGCCUACUUAAAACUCUGCAGGACACUUCCAAUAGGCUGCAAGAUGAAAGCUUCAAUAACCAGUAUCCAUACUGUGAAAAGGUUUAGGGGAUGGUAACAUGGCUAGACCACCUUGUCCUUUAUGCUCUGGGGACCACAUGACUGACUUUUUAUGCCCAUUGUUAGUGUGAGGUAGGUGGAGAUCUAACCACCUUUUGUCAUGGAGCCCAUUGCAAGAGGUUGUUCUUUUCUUUUUCUUUUUUAUCCUCUUCAGAAUCCAGCAAAGGUGAAAAGGUCAGAUCUGCCUCUGCUUGCUUUAAGGGAUGAUGGUGCAUCUAGACAGGCGCUUAAUUCUGUAAAGUGAGUCAUUCAUAUAUCACACGCAGGCCACCGUUAACAGGUUAUUUUUAGCAUCAGAUUUUCUACGGAAUUUUCAAACCUUGAUUAAGUGAGGGAUAAAAAUGCAGGCUGGCAUUUUGAUGCCAUUGACGACAUGUGGAUGUUGCAAAGAAAGAAAGAAAAACUCAGCCCUUGAAUGCAUGAGCAGCAUCAGUUCCACAGUAAACACCACCUGGCAACACUCUUACUAAAGCUGGAUGGGAGGAAAAAAUGCUGAAGCAGUGAAGAACUAGAUUGCACUACUACUACUGUGGCUGCUUACUGAGAAAAGGCAAGCACUUGUUGGGAGUAUAGAUGUGAGUCCAGAUUGGAGCAAUUCAACAAGCGUCUCAUGGUGUGAACAAAGCUUGGCAGCUUUGGUAAGAGGAAUGAAAAACCAUGAAACCUGUUAUUCACUGGGGGUUCUUCAGAUAACCCCAGGGUGCCUCCUCACGUGGAAGGGGAAUGAAUGGUUAUGAAGGGCUUUCUGACAACUCCCCACCACCCAUGGCCAGUGCCACCCUUCAGAUCCUUUUCUCCUUAUCCUGGAGCAGGAUGAUGCCUUGCCCUCCCCACCCUCAAAAAGGGCUCUUGACUGGUAAUUAACUGUAGCAGGUACUGCUGCCACAGAGGCAAUGGCAGUCUCACGGCUUUACAGGUAUGGAACAGCACAUGUAGUAGAAAGUUGCAAGCAUUUUGAAGUACAAAGAAAAAGUGGUCAAGCAGCUAAAAAGUAUGGAAACAUACAAACACAGUCAUACACAAUAUAUUUCCACACGAGAACAGUUGCUUGGGGAGUUUUUUGUGUGCCUGUAAGGAUAUUCCCCAUCACAUUUUGCUUCUCUCUCAUCAUACCCCAUAGGACAAUUUGCUUUCAAGUGCUAACUCAGGGGUCAGCAAACUUUUUCAGCAGGGGGCCGGUCCACUAUCCCUCAGACCUUGUGGGGGGCCAGACUAUAUUUUGCGGGGGGAAAUGAAGGAAUUCCUAUGCCCCACAAAUAACCCAGAGAUGCAUUUUAAAUAAAAGGACACAUUCUACUCAUGUAAAUACACCAGGCAGGCCCCACAAAUAACCCAGAGAUGCAUUUUAAAUAAAAGGACACAUUCUACCCAUGUAAAAACACAGUAAUUCUCAGACCAUCCACGGGCUGGAUUUAGAAGGCGAUUGGGCCGGAUCUGGCCCUCGGGCCUUAGUUUGCCUACCCAUGUGCUAACUUAUAGGAAUCCUGCGUCUGCUCUGGAGGCAACAUCCCAGGAAGGUUGAGUUCCCCCAUCGUCAAGCGAGUGUAAGGGAGUACUAGUUCUAGACCAACCUACCUUCUGCAUUCAGAAGAGUCAUCCUGAAUAGUAUUAGUAUUGAAGCCAUAGAAAUUGGCAUUAGAGCAGUAGCAAGGACUGCUGCUCAUUCUCUGCAAUUGGGCAGCAUGAUGUCCACCCCACUCCUCACCCCAGCCAUCCAAAAGGAGAAAGCAUGGCAUAAGUCUGUAUCUUUCCCUGAAAUAAACUUUAGUAUUCACAGGUUUGCUGGAAAAUGUUGGUUCACCACAUCCCAAAGCGGACUGUGAAAAGACCAAAAGCACAUAAGGAAACUGAUUACUUGGAGGUUAAAGACAAGGAUGGAAAAUGUGUCACCCGCUCGUGUUGCUGAAAUCCAGCUCCCAUCAGCUCCAGCCAACUCAGCCAAUGGUCAGGGGUGGGAGGGUCCCAGGAGUACAUCCCACUGAACACAACAAGGCUUACUUUCGAGUUUAAUAUCCCUGGGAUUGCACUAUGCUGCACUUUGCAAUGUGAAUGAAAAAAUACACAGGAUGCUUAUUCAGGUUAUAACUGCUUCCCAUCCACACACAUUUUCCUUUGCAUUACAAAUUAUCACAUUGCAUAGCAGGGGCUCAAAUGCAAAUUUAAAAGUUCAUGGAAGCAUUUUGGGAGAUGUAAGUUAGACCCACCCUCCUAAAACCUGUAAAUGCUAUCCCUUUAAAGCACAUCCGAAACAACUUCUUUCUCUCAAAGAAUUCUGAACACUAGUUUGUUAAGGGUUGCUAGGAAUUGUAACUCUUUGUUGUUGUUGUUGUUGUUGUUGUUGUUUAUACAUUUUUUUUAACAUAUCAUUUCCAACAAUCAUAUAACAUAACUUCUUGUCUUAUACAAUAUUUUAGACUUCUGUCAACACCUCUGAUGAUUUUCCAUUCUUUAUCACUUAUUCUGCAUUUCUUAUUACUCUUAAUUAUCAUUAACUAAUGUGUUUUGGAUGUGCUUUAAAGGGACAGUGUGUGCACGCUGUCAUUGUGAUAGCUCAGCCCUUAGCAGCUAGUAUAUGAUACAAAGAAAGAAAGGAGAUAACCAGAGGCUUAGAUCCCAAAUUAAACCUCCACUGCCUUCCUCUUCUAUGGAAGAUGAUGUUGGGAAAUGAAUGCUUGGCUCCUAUUUUGCUCAAGAUAUAAGCAGGGUGGAUGGAACCUACGCAACUUUUCCCUGCUACACUUCCCCUUGCGAAUUCAGUGAGGUACUGGAACAAAAUUUGUUCUCAGGAUGUAAGAAGACAUUGAUUUCAGUUCCAACCUGUGUAGGCUGCAUGCAGUGCUAAUUUUGGUUUUGUUGUAGUUCGUCUUCUGACAAAAACUAUGUUGUUUGGCUCCUUGCCUACUGUGGCAGAAUUUUAUAUAUUCAGUUAUGUUACUCCACACCAUUCACUUCAGGGCAAAGGAAAUGGAAUGAAACCGGAGAAGGAAUCAUCAAUCAUAUCUGCAGGCUGAAAACUAUAACAACAGUGAAUGCAAAUCUUAUUUGCUGGAUUUACUUCCAGUUGGGUAAAUAAGCAAACAUCAAUUAGCAAUUCAGCCCCCCCCCUUUUUUUCAGUCUGAAUCCUCUGACAUCCUCACUACUUCUCCAAAGCAUUUUGCUGUUGAAAGUAAAGGAAAAUGUGUCCACUCCCCAUGUCCAGAAGCCAAGUGAACUAAACUGCCAACACCUGAUAAAAGCAGAAUUCUCCAUCACUCCUGCAGGUAGCAGUCUAGCUGAGGCGGUUACAGGGCACACACAGCUCCAGCCUCCAGUUUCUCAAUGCAGCUCCCUCACCGCACUGUCUGAUGGCUGCAUGUUACCUAUGCAAAAAACACUACAAGGGUUCCAACCAGCAUGCAUCACAUGUGCAGAGCAUAAGCACAUGAACAAUGCCUGCUGGGGUGCAUGACCCUGGUCAUGAGUUUAGUUCCAUGUCUGCCUUUUCCCACUUCUGCCUUCCUGCUGGAUCUAAAUGUAUCCCAGGAUAGUUGCUGUUGAUUUUAUUUAGACCUGUUACCUAAACAGGAAGUUGAUACAUCAUUGAGACAAUAGAGUUGGCCCUUUGCUGUAAAUUUCAAUCUGUGGCCAGAGGAAUCAAUCUCUCUUUACUUAGAGCCAAUCUUGGUGCCACACACCAAGACGUGGGAGUAACAAAGCCUCUCUGUUUUGAUUUUUAAAGAGAAAAGCAACUUCAGAGAGGAUUUUCAGCAGGUGGAGGAAAUGUUGCCACUUCUUCAUUCCAAAUCAGGGGCUCCCAUCAUGGAGUUCUAAACAUGUAUUUAUCCUUGCAAGCACACCUGGAUUCUAGGAGGAGCUGCAGCUGAUUGGGGCAGCAGUGGCUGAUUGCAGCAGAGAAAGACUGGGUGGGGAAAAGAAAUUCAGCACUUCCUUCCCCCGGUGCUCUAAGCUGCCUCCCCCUAAAGCAGCUUCUUGCUUUUAAAAACUCCAUGCACCACAGUUUUAUUGCAUACAUUUUUAUGCAAUGUUUACUUAGGCCAUUAGUGCUUUAUAGUUAUGGUGAAGCUGAUAACUCUCAAGUCCCGGCUGUGAACCUUUGGGAAGCUGCAGUGAAUACAAACAGACCAUGAAGGUAUUUGUCAUAUUGUUCAGAGAGAACUUCCUUUUUUAUAAUUCAGUUAUUAGGUGUGCUGGGUGAAGCUAUUCUGUUUUAGUGCAGGAACAGUAGGAUGCAGAGCAUGUAAAGGUGUGACUGAAGGAUUCAGGAUUACCCAGCCGCCUUCCAUACAAUAAUAUGUGCUGUUCAGCCACAGCAGGGACAAUAUGUUGACACUCAAAGGAGAAAACGGGUUUCUUAGCUGUGCACUUGCAUUCUUGAAGAGUGGUCCACAUGCAGCCAUACGUCUAGCCUUUCUCAUCACUAUGAUUGUGUCACCUGUUCUGGAUUCUGAAAUGAGGAGGAGGAAGCCCUGCCUGGGUGGGACAUGUUGCCACCAGAGGUGGCAAAAAGGCUAUUGGCUGGGAUGGGCCCCCUCCAGGUGAACCCUGUUAUGGUCAUAACUUUCUAGAAAAGUCCAAGUUGGCCAAGUGUGGGGCCAUCACAGUUAUAACCUUAGCAGUGUGUGGACUACUCUCAGUAUCUGUGGCAGGUAUGUCUCCAUUUUCUUCAACAGGUUCCCAACCGACACAGAGAUAUCUACUGCUCCAUAAUCCUACAGAGAUGGAGCGGGCAGGUGGGAGGGCAGGAGGCUGCAAAGAAACCAGAAGCCUAUGCAGGCCUAUUGAUUUAACUCUAUGGUUGAGAGCAGUUGAACAUAGAAUGUUAGGAAGUCAGUUAAAAAAACACCCAUCUCAAAGGGAGGGCAGGCAUUGGCCUCUUCAGGCUUCUGACACCUUGUAGUGAGUAUUGUAGAGGGGGGUAGGCAUUAAAAUUGGGGGAUUUGCAUAUUUUGUUUAUUUCCAAUAUUUCUAGCCUGCUUUCCCCCACCACAAGCACUAAAACAAUCUAUCAGUCUGAAAACCAUAGAUAGCACAAACAACUUAAAAUGCCUGCUGAAGCAGAAAGCAAGUUCAACAAGGAAGGAAAUUGUUUGAUUUUCAGUCAGGAGUGAGUUCCACAGAAUUGGACCCUCGCAUGGCUCCUGGUGGAGACGAACCGUUCCUCUGAACCAUGGGGGACUACUAACGGAGACACACACACCCCCCCAGAAAGAUCACAGUGAUAUCUCCAGAAUAUAAGAAAUAAGGCAGUGCUUGAUUUAGGACAAUAUAGGUAGUUUCCCCUAAGCCAAGGGGGCACAAAAUUGAGAAGAUCCAUUUGGAGAGGUCCAAUUUUGGCCUCGCACAGGGUGCCAUGUUACCAAAGAUUACCGAUGUCUGCCCCUAAGUAAGGAUAUCCUGAACCCAAGUUGUUAGGGGCCUUGUCAGUUAAUACUUGGCCCAUUAAUGUAUAGGCAGCCAGUACAAGCUUUUCAGCACUGGAAUUAUGUGCUGGUGGUAGUAGUCUGUCCCCACCAACAGUCUAGCCCAGGUCCAAGGGUAGCUCCACACUGAGUGCAUUGCAGUAAUCAAGUACUGAGGUGGAUUAUGAAGGCAGAGCACAGCCAUCAUAGAUGGCAGCCAUUGACAACCUUAUCUAUUAAUUAUUGUUCCUUUAACAGCUGUAUGAAAGGCAGAAAUUCAGCCGGUUAACCAUUUACUAGUAUGAAAAUACAAUGAUAGGAAGCAGUUCCUACCUGUUUGCUGCUCUGAUUGCUUUAUUUUGCUGCCUGCCAGCAGGGAGAAAUGGCAGUCUCUGUGAGGCCCUAUACCCUAUCAACUUUUGUCCCACUCACCAUUUUGGCCUGGCUCACCAUUCCUAAUUCAAAGGGGUGUAUGUGUAAAGGCGGGCAUUAAAUGGCAGCAGAAUAGAAUGUAACAAGUACACUCUGUGACAAUUCAGGCAUAAUGUAAAUGCUUGCAAAAUGGCCUAUCAUAGCAGCAGUGACGACAGAAUCAUCUGAGUAAAUGAGCACUUGCACCGGGACAGGAAACCAUUUUCUCAAUUCAGACCCAAAUGAAUAAAAUUCAACUUUUUAAUUAGUUUCAGUUGAGCACUUUCAUUCUAGAGCUUUCCUCCCAAGUUCCAGAAUUGUCAUUUAAAGGUGGGUUCUGCUGUGGAGACUAAUACUUGAGUUUAUUUACAAACUGAUAGGUAAAGGCAGACCACACAAAGAUGCCAACAAAGCAAAUGCCAAGGUACCCAUGUCAGAUCCCCAGAGAUGCUUAAGCAGCCCAAAAACCUCAGCUCAGCCUUCUCCCUGUGUGUCUCCCCUGACCCCAGUCUAACCUCAGUCCACCUCCUUUGUUCUCUUUCCCAGACACAGAUUAGAUUAGAGGAGACAGAAAAGGAUGCCUUUGGCCAAAAUGACUCUUGCCUAUCUCCCUGGCUAGCACCUCCUCAUUGUGUGCCAUUUACCUGUAAUUUCCCUAACAAAUGAAGGGCUCCACCACUUGUCCACCAACAAUCAGAAAGUUCCCAACAGUUCCUGUAGCAGUCUAUUAACCCUCUCAUGACCAAGCCCCAAUCUUACAACCUCAGCUAAAAAAUGCCCAGGUGUGAGUCUUUCAGGCCUCUAGGGUCAUAUAGCAACACAGGUAAAGUGUUAGAAGUUGGGCUGUGGGAACAGAAAUGGGUAUACUUCCACUCCUGAGGGUCACCCCCAUCAGAGACCUACAAAGCUCCUUGUUUUAUUCUGACUAGACAAGGACUCCGGGUGAAGGGGGGGGAUACACUGAAACAUUUUGUUGCCGUCGCCAUUUGUAAAGCAAUUUUAAGAGCGUAAGGGGAGCCCUGCUAGAUCAUACUGAAGGCCUAUCUAUCUGCACCCUCUUUCCCACAGUGGUCCACUAAAUGCCUAUGGAAAGCUCACAAGCAUCACCUGAGCUGCCUGGUUCCCCAGGAACUAGUAUUUGGAAGUGUUCUGCCUUUGGUGCUGGAAGCACGAAAGCUCAGAGCCAUGGGCAGCCUGAUCCUUCCUGAAUUUGUCUGAUCUUUAUCUCAGUCUGUAUCUGUACUGGAGCUCCUUUCAAUUUUUUAUAAACUGAACUGUUUUUAAUUGUUGGUUUUUAAAAAAUAUAUGGAACUGUUUUUAUUUGUUUUUGCACGUUUAUUGUUUUAUGCUCUUAACUGUUUUAUUUGUUUUAAUAAUAGUAUGCUUUAUUGUUGUAAGCCAUCCUUGGACCUUAUUGUAAGGGGACGUUAAGAAAUCUCUAACAAAUAAAAUAUAAAGGAUCCCAAUUUAAAGCCAUGUUGCAGGUCUGCCCGUAUAUCUUUUGUAAGAAACACGUAAUAAAAAUGUCAAACGUCUAACCCAUUUGUAACACUACUGGAUGUUCAGAACAGUAUGCACAGGUUCUACAUACUGAGAUAAGACAAAUAGCCACAUGUCACCCAGUGAACUUCAUGAGGAGAGCAGGGUUUGAACACAGGACUCUAUCCCCUACACCUCACUGGCUCUAACUGGGGGGGCUUGGGCAAAGGACCGGUCUAGAAACCUAAAGCCCUUUUGGGAAUGGGUAAGCUGUCCUGUUGCUUAACUUUCUUCCUUUCUCUUGGCAGUUUCCCUGAAGCUGGUCACUGAAGAUGGCCAGCAAGCAAGGGUACAGUUGUCUCUCUGAUGGCUCACUGGAUGUUCCCUCUUCCAGCCCUGAAGGCACCCUGAGCCUCAGUCCUCACAGCCCUGGGCUCUGCCUGAUCUCCACACCCACAGCAGAGACCCACUGGCUGAGCAGUGCCCCACCCCAGCCAGAGUCGCCUGGAGAAAUGAAUGUAACUUUGGAGAAACUCCUGGCUCCCAUUACGGAAAAGCUCAAAUAUUUGCUGAAGAAAGCAGAGGACUUCCAGACGUACCUGCUGUACAGGUGGCAGGGGGCUGAAUCAGGGCUGGGGAGGAGGUGGGCAGUCUUUGGGCAAUCUGGGCAGGCCACAUGUUUGGUGGGGAGACACUUUGAGGCGACUGUAAUUAUGAAGCCACUGCAGAUUAGGGAGGAGCAGGGACUUGAAGGAGGGAGGCUGACUGGCUGGCUGGGCUAGUCCUAGUGAUGUCUAAGGUAGCUCCAUUAACUACAAAACCCAAAAUUUGAGAUCCCCUCAAAUUUUCUAGUUGCUGAAUCUCCGCUUUAGUGGGACUUGAUUUAGAGUGAGUACCAGUGUACCCUUUAGAUUCUUGCUAAGUGGCAAAUGUAAUGGAGAACUCUUAAUCUCCCACAGUGGUGUGUGUGUGUGUAACUUACACACCCAGUUUUCCUCCUCCAGGGGCCUGCCCUCUUCUUGGGACCCCCCCCCCAAAUUAGGCCAAAUUGAUCAGGGAAAAUACAGUGGUACCUCGGGUUAAGUACUUAAUUCGUUCUGGAGGUCCGUUCUUAACCUGAAACUGUUCUUAACCUGAGGUACCACUUUAGCUAAUGGGGCCUCCCACUGCACCCCCACUGCACAAUUUCUGUUCUCAUCCUGAAGCAAAGUUGUUAACCCGAGGUACUAUUUCUGGGUUAGCGGAGUCUGUAACCUGAAGCGUAUGUAACCUGAAGCGUCUGUAACCCAAGGUACCACUGUACCUGGAGUGACCUGGAAAAUGCACAGGGCUUAUUGGGCUACUCUAUAGUUGAUGGGCUGCUUGGGAGGAAAGUUUCCAUACUACAUUAUUGCCAGAGAGAUAGCAAGCCAAGGGGCUGUCUGGUCUAGUUUUGCAGCUGGACGGUGCCAGAAUCCUCAAGUCAUGGUUGUUGCCAUGAUGCACUUCCCCAGUAGCAGAAUAUGCAGUGUGGGUCUAGCAUGUGCCCAGCAAGAAGAGGGGCUUGGAGUGGAGAGCAAAGAGAGUCAUUGCAUUUCCUCCCAGUGUGAUGACCAUAUUGUGGGCCUCCUAUUUCCAGCAGAGACAGAAUGCAGAAGGAGCAAUUUGCCAAAGCCAUGCCCACGUUCCUGCAGAUGUGCCAGCCUUACUUCCACUACCUGGAAUCCACAGCGCGAAGCUGCACUCCUUAUUUAAGACCCCCACAGGAACCAGUGAGGAGGCGCGUGAGUCUGGGCCAAGGAGGGAAAUCCCCAUAGAGUUGGGAGGCACAAUCGCUUCAUCUAAACUGGUUCAAAAAGCUUACACGACAUUCUGUUUGCACCUUUGCAGAACUGAUCUGAAAAGGCCAAAAAAAAGUGGGGGGAGGAGGCUCUAUGGAAGAAGUGCUUGGAAUCAAAAGGCUGCAAUCUUUGGCUCUGGAAAAAGAACUGAAAUUAACACUAAAAGUCUCUUUUGAAUCAGGGCUCCCUCCUCCCCUUCGCAAUCAAACUUUAUUGUAUGGCAUUCCAAAACUGCACCUGAAUUUUCUAGUCCGCAUCCAGCCCAUCCUUGGCCAAUGCCCUUCCCUUUCUUCUUCACAGUCGUAGAGUCUUUUCUUUUCUGCUUAAAAUAAUAAUAAAUCUCAUAUUACUCAUUGAAGCAACUGUGCAAAUAGAUUGUUUUUCCAUUACAAGUGUGUGUAGUUUGGGAAGAAGAAAUCUAUGGAAACAAGUUAUUUCAGGGUGAAGUGGGCAAUCAGUGAAAUCAGAAGAGCGUUGGGAUGGAAUUCAAUGUAGCACUAAGUAGUUCCUUGAAGAAAGAUUUCUCCUUGUGCCAUGGGACAUUCUCUCUCUCCUCGGUGUUUCAGAGGGCACAGGCUGCGUGGAGGGGAAUGAGAGGGGGAAGGAAACCCAGCUGUGCAACAUAAAUCCUUGGGCUGAUUGCCACCCAUAGUUUUGGUAUAACUAUGAUUUCUAUGCUGGGCUUUUAGAAAGGAAGGAAUCUAGCAGGUUCUUUGCUAAACACAAUAUAUGUUAAAUGGGAAAAGGUAGUAUGACCUUAGCAUGUAAAAUUUGAUUCCUACAUCCACAAAGAGCAGGGAUGGCUCAGACCCCCAAUACAAUCUGGAGGAAUACACUUCAAUAUAAGGGCUUUUAAUGUGUGAUAUUCUGUUUGUUUGUUUGUUUGUUUGUUUGUUUGUUUGUUUGUUGUUUUGCUGUGUUUUUGUAUAUCCUGUUGAAAGCUGCCCAGAGUGUUUGGGGCAACCCAGUCAAAUGGGCAGGGUAAAAACAAUAAUUUUUAUUUUUAAUUAUUAUUAAAGGUCAGCAACUGGGUUGGUCAAAGAUCUGAGGCAGACUAAAGGGAUGAACUCUCGCUCACUUUCCUUUACAAACUCAUAGCUGACCAAGGGUGAAAUUGUGCUGGACUUAGUUGUGUUUCCCACCCUCUGUGCUUCUGGCAGAUACCCAUCCAUUGUGUAAGGAUGGCUCUUGGGACAAGGGAUAGGGCUUUCUCAGUAGCCGCACCUGUGGAACAGCUUGCCUCAUGAAAUCUAGAAGACCUCCUCCUCCUCUCUGGCAGCCUUCUGUUUUCGUUUGGGCAGGCUGAAGGUCGAAGUGCCUUUUACUGAAGACUGACUUUGAUCAGCCAUGCCUGUCUCUGUUACUGUAUUUUAUUUUUACAUUCAUAAUUAUUAUUGUAUUUUUCUGCUGUGAUUAUAAUUACUAUACACUGCCUUGAAUAAUAUAUACGCAUUAGAAAGGUAGAUAUACAGUGGUAGCUCGGGUUAAGUACUUAAUUCGUUCCAGAGGUCCGUUCUUAACCUGAAACUGUUCUUAACCUGAAGCACCACUUUAGCUAAUGGGGCCUCCCACUGCCGCCACGCUGCCGGAGCACAAUUUCUGUUCUCAUCCUGCAGCAAAGUUCUUAACCCGAGGUACUAUUUCCGGGUUAUCGGAGUCUGUAACUUGAAGAGUAUGUAACCCGAGGUACCACUGUAUACCUUUAUAAUAAUUAAAUAAACAAAUCCAGGUAUGAAGAGCUUGGCUGGCACAAAACAUUUCCCCCUUAGGGGCAUGUCCGGGUAUGCAACCAGAAGGACAGAGGUCUCAUCUCUCACUUCCCACUGCUCAAGAACUUGCCCUUUCAAGCCUUUGGGGCACUUCCAGACAACCUGUUUAUUGAGCACCCAUCCCAAUUUGCUUGCAAGGAGGUUAGAUGAUGUUGUGUCAAAUCCCACAUGCUCCAGAGCAUUUUGUCUGUCACUUUCCUUACUUCAAAAAGUCUAAACUUUUGAGGAAGUGGAUGUGUUGUGCCCAAACUCCCAAUCAGCUACGAUUGUGCAUCCUGAAUUUGUAAUUCUGCACUUUCCCCCACAGCUCCUGGAGAUCUCCCAGCAGUUGGCCUGCCAGCUUGAGCAACUGGUGCUGAUGUAUGCUUCUUUCAGCUUUGUCUCUUUAGAAGACACUGACCCAUUCAGGUAGGAGACAGUCUCCAAGACUUGCAUGUGCCCAAGUGUGGCACAAGUGGCCCCAGAGUGCUAGCAGGAACAGGUUGCUCUGGAAUUGGUGCCUGCUAGUCACUAGAGUUUAGCUCUUACAACCGUUUUGUUUCUCCCCUUGCUGGCUUUUAGUGCUGUUUUAUUAGUUCCAUGCUGCUUUUGUUAAUUUUUGAGCUAGUGCUGCUUGAUGAUUGUUGUUGAUUUCAUCUUGUGAGCUGCCCAGAGGCACAUGCUUAAUUGGACAGGGCUGUAUUUGGUGUUCCCUGUCUGCUAGCACAAAGUUUCUUGCAUUAGGGAAUGGGUAAGUUUUCAUAUUAUGCACCAGGGGAAUCCAAUGCAGUUGCGUUAGCGGAAAGUCAUUGCAAAACAGAUUGUGCAAUCUAUUGUGCAACGAAGUCACCAGCAACCUGCUUAUGCAUUCAGUUACACAGCAAUACUCUACUGCCGUAAACAUUUCACCAGUGGAACAACUAUACUGCUAAGUGGCUUUCACUUAGGUCUACGUUGGAUCCAACCUGCAGUCUAUAAAUGCCAAACAAUAAUAUUAAUUUUUAAAUAAUAGAAUGCACAGCAUUGAAAUAAAUCAGCUCUCUGCAUACCAUGAAGCACACAAGAUUCAGUCCAAAGGCAGGAGGAGAGUCUUUGUACCAAUAAGGUCUUCCAGUUAGAUUCCCCCCCCCAAGAUAGAAAGUAGCAGAUUUAAAAAUGAAGUCUCUUUCAAAAUAAUUUAAUAUUAUUACUUUUUUACAUUGUCCUCCCACAUUUCUCCCCAAUUGUUUAGCUUUGGGUUUCAGUUUCCAGCAAAUAUAUUUCAAACCCAACAUUCAGUUAUAGCAAUCUAGCUUUAUAUUUGCAAAUCAUCUGGAAAAACUGGUUUAACUGGAAAAUGUAAUCAUUAGCUUUUUGCAUGUGUUUUGUAAGUUAUGUGCUCUACAUCCAAUCUCAUGCACAGCUGCUCUUACCUGUCUGUCUGUCAAUCACUACCAGUGUCUCAUGCUUCUUCUGUGGAAAGUUCUGGCUGAAUGAGUUGCGACAAGUUUCCAUCUUCCAAUAUUGCAUCCCAGCACCCUACACAGCUGCCCAUAUUCCCCGCAACCUCUAUAAGAAGAUGCGCUGGAACCUCGAUAUCUUGGAAGGUUCUGCUUGCCGGAAUCAAACACCCCGGACAGAAUAGUGAGUUGCAGGACACCCUGGAGAUAUGGGGUGUAGGUGGAGGGGACCUGAAUGGAGAGCCAUAUCUGGCACUGACCCCCCCCUCUGUCCCCACCUUAUUCCUCUGCUCCACUUGAUGCAGGUCUUGGUGUGGUUUUAUUCCACUGCCACUUUUCCUGAGGCUUGCUUGACUGGCCAUCCCCAUUCUUCACUGCCUAACUGCAACCUUGUCCUUCUGUUGUAGCUACUUCCUGUGCUUCAGGGAUACAGGAGAUGAGACAACAGCAAAGAUGCAGAAGCUCUGGUCCAUUGGGCGCUGGGUGCCUUUGGAUCCUGACAGUGACCACAGCUCCGAUGUGCUCUCCUGGUAAGCAUGCAGCAGGAAAGUGCUGUCUAUAACAGCGGUGGGCUGACUUGAGUCUUGUGUGGUCUCCCAAUGCGCUUUAUGUUUACAAAGCAAUAUUGCAUACUCAAGAUCUCCUAACAAGUAAGACAGGGGGUGCACCAAAGCUUUCAAUAACCUACCAGAACCCGGUGGGGGCAACAGACAGAAAGACAACCUGUUCUUCUCUUUUUAGUACUUGUUGGUAAAGCAGAUUGCUUCCUUUCAGGCUUUACUUCCUUCCUGCUUCUUCAAGUAUGAAUCGGAGCCAAUAGAUUAACACUAUCCCAUGCUAUCUUGGCCACAUUUAAAACCUACACUUACCUUCAACCAGCAGUCUUGCCAGACUAUUUCUUUCUGCACACCACUUUAAUCUAUUAAAGCUAAUAGCUAUUUAAUCUAUUAAAUCUAUUAAUCUAUUAAAAUCUAUUUAAUCUAUUAAAGCAACACAAGUUAACUUCAGGACGUGCCUUUCUUUCAGAAAUCAUGGGCUUCAUUCUUUGAUUCUUUUAAACACUGUUGGAAAAGAUGCCCAGCUGUAGCAUCUAACAUCAUUUCCCUAUUUUAAGCUUUGAAAGUGAAGCAGACACAUACACUAUGAAAAAUACACUUGCUCCUGUCUGCACUAUCUUUGGCACCCUCCCAGACAUGUAACAGGAAGUUAUUCAGGAAGAACUUUAAACCAGGGAUCACAACAGUUCCAGAUUGCAACACAGUUGUAAUUUUAAGGCAUUUCUGCAUUGUGGGAUAUAGCUUGAAAUGUGAGCAUGGCAAGCGGCUUCUCUCUUAUCUGAUGAGUGGGUUGAAACUUCCCACACAUUUUCUACUAUGGUAAAUACAAGUGCAGCGGAUGCCUGGCACUUGAUUCAAUAUUAUGACUGAAGACUGAUGCCUGAAUGCUGGUUUGUGCUUUCUGUAAGAAUGAAUGCAAAGAAACAAGCAUGAAAAUAAAAACAACACCACAAACCACCUUCAAACACUGAAUUUCCUCUUGCUUCUGAGAAAAGAUGUACUCGUAAGGGGCACAUUCUGACAGUGGCAAAUGUGGAAUGUAGCUUAGUCAUAGCUGUGUGCUGAAGUGCAAGGUGACAUGCAGGGUGAAGGUAUUCCAGGUGCCCUUCAGAUAUUUUGGACUACAAGUACCUUCAGCCGAGCCAGCAUAGCCAAUGGUCAGGGAUGAUGGGAGUUGUAGCCCAAAGUAUUCUGAAGGAGACCACAUUGGCUUCCCCUGUGGCUUUAUACAUGCCUUCCUGUGUAUUUCUGUAGCCAGUAGGAUUGCCACCUGUCCUGUACAGUACAUGGUUGUCCCGUAUUUCAAUGUAAAAUGCUUACGUCCUAUAUAGAUACAGUUUUGUCCUGUAUUUCAAGUCUUCUCUCUCUCUCUCUCUCUCUCUCUCUCUCUCUCUCUCUCUCAAGUUAGGGGUCCUCUCCAAGUGCAUGUGCUUUAAAGGGUGUUUGAAAGGUCAUGUAUUUAAGCUCUGGGUAGCCAAGAACAGACAGAUUUACAAAUUUAUCUUUGUGUGUGUUUUACAAAUUCCAGAGGGAGCAUCCUGUUAGGCUGCAAUAGAUUGUAAUGGAUUGCUUUGAAGUCACUUCAGCACCAGAUGGAAAUAAUAAUAACACCCCCUCCCACAACCCUGUAUUUUGUCAGAACAAAAGUGGCAACCCUAUGUAGCCAUGCUGUAGUGACUGCUCAUUGAAAUCAGGGGGCUGAACUUACCUGGAUGUUUAGGUAUUUAUAUCAACCAUUUAUGUACCGCUGAAUCACAAUUGUGGUACACAGGAGCCCAAAGCAAGAAAAGCAGUGAUGAGUUUGAACUAAUUUCAAACGACGUUAAUAUAGCAUGGAUGCCAGUAAUGCCGCCACCCCCUUUACCGUUUCUUCCCACAGGGUCUUGUGCCGCCAGCCCAUGGGGGAUUACCAGCAGCUCCUGACAAUCGGGUUUGAGGAACCCUCCCAUACGCUCGCCACGGACCUCUUGGUGCAGAUGCUCAGUGCUCAGAGCGCCAGUCUGCUGAACCGCGAGUCCUCCUGCUGGGUGAGCUCAGGGGAACAGGUGCAGUGAAAAACGUACCUUCAUGGUAUGCCACCAAGGGGCAGCCCACUGCCUCCUGUCACCACCAAUGUCACAUAUGUGGCAUAAGAUGCUAAUGUGAGGACAUUAGGCACAGUGAGGUCAUGCUAGAUAUUGGCAUGCAGAUAUGCCAGUUUAGGAUUUUGUGUUGAAGUUGAAAAAUUUUGAGGUCCCCCCUUCCUAAUGUUAAUCCUCUUGUGCUUGCACUGCUUGCAAUGAGAUGUAAGUUAUAUUUUUUUGAACAAGAAUAUACUUGCCUGCCCUUCUGCUGGCUUCCUAUGCCUGGCCACUGAACAGGUACAACCCACUUUGAGAUAAGCCAUAUCACCAAAGUACUGAGGCUCUUGUGCGCCUCCUUACAAGGUUCAGCAGGACAGAGCUGGAAGUCACAUUUGCCUUUGAAUUCCCUGUUUCCCUCUGAGCUCUAGUCACUUGUGGCUUAAGGCAGGUCAAAGUAUCUGAAAUACCUAAGUGGGGACAUCGAGAAAGCUUUUUAUUUUUUAAAUGUCUAUGUAUAGCUUUCUUAAUAAAGAAGUGGUGACUAUUUUCAGGCUCAACUUUACUGAUGUGUGGAACUUUUCUCAGAAGUAGAAGGGUGCUGGAGACGUUCAGAUUCAAUAUCCUUUCACCUUUCAGUUUCAGUCUUGGCAAUUCAUUUUGACAAUGUUUAGGGUGGUGCACAAAAUUAGAAAGCUGUCUAAAUAAAUAUUUAGAACAGAUCUAGAAUGUGAUCUAAUUAACAUAAGAGAACAAGAAAUAGGCCCCAAAAAAUCAGCAGUAAUAUACAGUGGUACCUCGAGUUACAUACGCUUCAGGUUACAUACGCUUCUGGUUAUAGACUCCGCUAACCCAGAAAUAUUACCUUGAGUUAAGAACUUUGCUUCAGGAUGAGAACAGAAAUCGUGCUCCGGUGGUGCGGCAGCAGCAGGAGGCCCCAUUAGCUAAAGUGGUGCUUCAGGUUAAGAACAGUUUCAGGUUAAGAAUGGACCUCCAGAACGAAUUAAGUACGUAACCAAAGGUACCACUGUAUGUUCAAACACUUGACAAUACAAAAAUGCCUGCAGUGAUUCCAGCGAGCCCAUAAAGCUGGGCGUUUGCACCCUUCUGAGGAUGAACUUCCAGAGCUUUGAGGUGGUCAUGGAAACAGCCUGUCUCAGGGGGUGGUCUGAGUUUCAGCAUGUCUCUGCCCCCACUCAAAAAUCUGAGAGCUUCAAAAAUCCUAUCACUUUUAUGCAAGCGCUAAAUAUGAAUUUUCUGUUAAUAAUAUUAUAUUAACAUAAACAGGCUUUGCUUGUUGUGUCAGCUUCUUUAGCAAAUGCUGAAAGCAGUGUUUGUAUCCUGCUCCUAUUCUUACUUCCUGCUUUGGUGGAACCUUGAAUGGGAUAUAAUCAGGAGACCUCAGGGGAAGCAGGCUGGGUGUUUCAUGGCAGCAGAAGUGUUCUCUUAGGGAAGUAGCUCCCAGACUCUUAUUUCCAGUUAUAUCCCGUCUUUCAUCCCAAAGAUUCCCUCCCGGGUAGUGAUAAAGCGGGAUAUCAAAUCCAGAUUAUUCUUAUUCUUCUUCUAACAGAAAAUAAUAAAAUACAAUAAUCCAUUUUUUAAAAGAACCACCCAGAUCAACAUGAAAAACAAUAAUUGAAAACAAUUGUGCCAAUUUGCAGAAAAACUGGAUUUUCUUCACCUGCCAUAAUAAUGGAUGCGAUUUGGUGAGAAGGAUUUUUAAAAUUUCACACCUGAAACUCCACAACUAAAACAACCAUUGUAUGAGGAAUAAUAGGUCCUGUAGAACAGGGAAGGCCAGCCAACACAGAGGAGCUGGUGAAGAGGGCCAUCCCUGCUCCAGCAGCAUUCCUGGUUAAACAUUAGGGAAACCUGAAGAAGGGCCCUUUGCAGAAAGGAGAAAGAAUGCAGUUAGAAGGCAGAGGUAAACAGGAGUAGAGAAGCCCUGCCAUCUAGCGCCCAAAGUGUAUAUCUCAAAGUUAGGUUAUACUGCUGCUCGCAUAAAAAACAUGCACCAAUACAAACACUAAAAUAAACAUCGAUAAUAGAAUUCAGAAAUUCAGAGUUGCAAAGAUAUGUUAUUCCAUGUGGAAAAAAUAACCAAAUUGCUGAUUGAUCACAACAAUUCCCCUAAGGACAGCACCCAUGAUUCAUAGUUUCAUUUGUGUCUUCAGUGUGUCCUUAACCAGCAGUAGUAUAAAGAGACACAGCUAAUUCCAUCUUUCUCCAAGAUGCUCCAAGAGUGGGAUACACAGAAAGAACACCUGUGGAUGCCACUUCUGCGCAUCUUUGCUUAGCAUAAUAGUUUAGGAAAACACACACACACACACACAAACAAUAGAUCAAAUGCUUUAGUGAACAGUAAGACACUAUAGUUGCCACAACCACAUCCCCCUGCUUACAGUGUAAUGCAAAGCAAGAGAGAUGUGUUUACUCUAAGAUGGGUCCAGAUUUUGAAUGUGGCUUCAACACAAUUUAAAGCACUUGACUCCCCCUGUCCCAAGUAUAUUUCUUAAGGCUGCUGGGAAUUGUAGCUCUCGUAGGAGUGUGUACACAGGCAUCGUCCAUAUUGCACUGCCUCAAAAUAAGAGCCAAACUUUUUAUGUCUUCAUUAUAGCAUCAAAUGUUCGCUCUUUGUGAAAUGAUCAAAGAGAUUAACCCUCUUCGCUAAGCUUUUAUAAGAUAUGCCUGUCAGGGAGUAGACUCUCCAUAUUUUGAGGGGAGCAUUCUGAGGUUGCUCAUCCAGUUGUGAAGGAAUGGACAAGCUGUGAACCAGGACCUGCUAGAAGAAAGAGAAGAAUUUAUCUCCGCUUCAGUUCAGGAUUUAUAUAUAUAUAUAUAUAUUUGAACAGUGAAGAACAGCAACCUCAGCCGACAUAAUCUGCAAUAUAGAUCUGUAUCUGCAAAGCAAAAACUCUUCAGCUAUAAAAGCAAAACCAAGCAUCAAGGAGUUCCAAGUGUAGUCAAGCUACUUCUACAGGGCAGACAGGUGUUUUCAAUCUGAGGCCACCUAAUUCUGCUGCAGUGGGAAGGGACUGGUUUAAAGGGGAUGUAACCAGGCUUAGAAAUUUCUGCUAAGUGCUUGGCAGACUUUCCAGCCCAGCAUCCAGUGUGGGCUGAAAUAGUACUGCAUUUAGCACAGGAAAUAGUAUUUCAUUUAGCACAAGAAUGAAGGCUGAAUAAUGGCUCAAUUAGAGCUGGAUGCAUUCCAGUGAAAAAAAUAGCACAGACGGUUCUGCACGAUGGAUUGGCUUUUUGGAGGAUUAAUGUUUUUAAUGAAAUAGCACAUGAAUUCCCUGAUGUCUGUGAGUCAUCACUAAGGGAGCAAUACUAUGCUCAAGGAGCUGGUGUGAAGCAAGCUGGUGUAAGGUAAGCUGGCGUAAAGUUACACAAGAUCCUUAACCCCAUUCCACAGCAGGGAUGCUGCAGUUGCUCUGCCUAAACCUGGCAGAGGGAAAACAAGCUUUUGAAAUAGUGUUCUGUGCUGGGUUGCCAGGUCAUAUGGCCAAGUUGAAUAAUAAUAAUUAUUUAUUAUUUAUACCCCGCCCAUCUGGCUGGGUUUCCCCAGCUACUCUGGGUGGCUUCCAACAGAACACUAAAAUACAAUAACCUAUUAAACCAUUAAAAGCUUCCCUAAACAGGGCUGCCCAGAUGUCUUCUAAAAGUUUGGUAGUUAUUUUUCUCUUUGACAUCCGUUGGGAGGGCAUUCCACAGGGCGGGUGCCACUACCGAGAAGGCCCUCUGCCUGGUUCCCUGUAACUUGGCUUCUCGUAGCGAGGGAACCAUCAGAAGGCCCUCGGCGCUGGACCUCAGCAUCUGGGCAGAACAAUCUGAACUGGUUCAGAUCUGGCCAAAGUCCCCCUCCCGCUCUGGUCCCAUCCCUGUUGCAUCCUUUGAGGGUGGGAUGGGGAACCUACACUAGCCUUGGCUUAGCCCUGGCUGAGCAAGUUAUGCUGGCCUCUCUUCAGCUGAGCUGGGGUUGGGAGCUUAAUUCUAGCUGAGCUGAGCAUCAGCCAGCUAAACUGAAGAUCUGCUGUACUCUAAGCUGCUCAUCCUGGUGGAUCUUGAGGGGACUUUCCUAGAGAUCCCAAAGUAAUUUGCCCUUUAAAGAGCUUCAUUGGUGCAAAAUGGAGCAUACUUAACUUAGAGGUGCCCCACUGAUGCUGUGUACACACCCCUGUAUGCUCUCCAUGCAGUGUGCUCCCACCCCAAUGCUGGCUUGGCAAGCCGUGUACACAAUAGCCACAAUCCAUAUCUAUCCUGCAUCUUUCCUGUGGUUUAUUAUGAAAUACUGCAUUUUUUUAAAAAAAAUUAAUUUGUAUUAAAGAUUUACCUCUCUUUCAAAUCAGAACCAGUGAAGGCAGUGAAGGUCCUGUGUGAGUGUCUGGAGGCGAUUGGAGGAUGGAUGGCGGCUAACAGAUUGAGGUUGAAUCCUGACAAGACAGAAGUACUGUUUUUGGGGGCCAGGAGGCGGGCGGAUGUGGAGGACUCCCUGGUCCUGAAUGGGGUAACUGUGCCCCUGAAGGACUAGGUGCGCAGCCUGGGAGUCAUUUUGGACUCACAGCUGUCCAUGGAGGCGCAGGUCAAUUCUGUGUCCAGGGGCAGCUGUUUAUCAGCUCCAUCUGAUACACAGGCUGAGACCCUACCUGUUCACGGACUGUUUCGCCAGAGUGGUGCAUGCUCUGGUUAUCCCCCGCUUGGACUACUGCAAUGCGCUCUAUGUGGGGCUACCUUUGAAGGUGACCCAGAAACUACAACUAAUCCAGAAUGCGGUAGCUAGACUGGUGACUGGGAGCGGCCGCCAAGACCACAUAACACCAGUCUUGAAAGACCUACAUUGGCUCCCAGUACGUUUCCGAGCACAAUUCAAAGUGUUGGUGCUGACCUUUAAAGCCCUAAACGGCCUCGGUCCAAUAUAUCUGAAGGAGUGUCUCCAACCCCAUCGUUCUACCCGGACACUGAGGUCCAGCGCCGAGGGCCUUCUGGCGGUUCCCUCACUGCGAGAAGCCAAGUUACAGGGAACCAGGCAGAGAGAUUGUUUAAGAAGGCAUGCAAUUGGUGGUGUGUUAGCCAGGGUAUUUGGGUGUCCCCUAGUUUGUCUUGUAUUUCCUGUGUUGAUAUGGGUUUGCUGUUUUGUAGAAAUCUGCCAGGUGAUAUAGGCCUUUGGCUUGCCAGGUUUUUAUCUGGAAGUUUUAUGCUGUGUGGGGACCAUAGAGGGAAGUGAGAAGUGAAGGGGAAAAAAUCUCAUUAUAUAUACCUAUAUCUCAUGCUCCUUUUUGCAAUGUGCAUUUUCUUGGUGCAGUCCUAGUCUUCCAACGGGAGAGGGCGAUCACUGAGGCUUUCGUUUUGUCUAGUAAAGUCUGCGAUCCAGAACCCCCAGGUGGUACAGAGCAGUGGUGGGGUGGCAAUGGGUAGGGUUGGGUGAGCUGGAGCUGCUUGUUGCUGCCACCAGUGCUGGGUCUGGUGGCAGCCUGGGCUUGACUCUGCAAGGUGCAGGGUGCAAUCCACCCCAAUGCCUAGCCGAGGGGGGGGGGUCAUCUGGUGCUGCUGACUUGCAUCUAGUAAAUAACUAAGUGUCUAAUCAGAAGAAAGCUGCACUGAGUUCAGUGGGUCUUACUCCCAGGCAGCCAGGGCUUCUCCGGAUGACAAGAUCUUUGUGCACCAGGUCAGUGAGGAUCACUUGCUUUUUAAAAUUCUCCUAUAUAUACAGAACUCCCUGUGCGCCUUUUGGACUGUAUCUGUAGGUUUUUCUCUUGGGGUCAAAUAACUGGGGUCACAUAAGUGUGGAUCACUUUUUAUAAUACAUGCAAAAUGGAUCUCCCUCUGGAGGUUGUGGACUCCUUCCUCAGAGAUUUCUAAGCAGAGGUUGGAUGGCCAUAUGUCAGGGAUGCUUUAGCCAAGUUUCCUACAUUGCAGGGGGUUGCACUAGAAAGAUGACCCUUGGGGUCCCUUCCAGCUCUAUGAUACCAUGUUUUUCUGCUUCAACAUUUCAUUAUGUUCAUAUCAUUUAAUGUAAUUGUAUUUUGUAUAAAUUAUAAAAAAUUUUUUAAAAAUGUUCUAUCUACAAACAAAAUAUUUAAAUAGUUACCUUUCUACUGGUAGGAUGGGGAAGGCAUGGGCAUAGCCAGGAUUUUUGUUAGGGGGCAGGUGCUUGCUAGGGGGAGUAGAACCUGAUUUGUAUUGAUUUGUACUUAUUGGGGGGGGCAGCUGCCCCCCUUGGCUAUGUCUAUGGGAGGCUGCUUUUGGCUGAGUGCAAAUCAAUACAAGUCUUAAUAGACAAAUCUAUUAUAUGCCUGCCUUAAGCUAUUUAAGCUGUUUUGUUUGUAGAUAGGCAUUUUUGCAUCUUUUAUAGUAUAAAACUCUAGUACAUUAAAUGAUAUGAACAUAAUGAAAUGUUGAAGACAUGUUAUCAUAGAGCUGGAAGUAAAGUCAUCUUCUAAUCUGUAAUGUAGGCAGGCACGAUAUGGCCGUAACCUCUGCUAAGCCUCAGGAGGAGUCCUGACUCGGAGGUCCAUUUGCAUGUGCACAAGGUGAUCAGCACCUGUGAUUUAUUUGAAAAACUCAAGACAUAACAUAUAUAGGAGAAAUUUUAAAAGCAGUGUUUCAGUGAGACGACCUGGGUAAGACACUGGUACAGUGCAUACUGGUGAACACUAGUUAUUACUAGAUGCAAGUCAGCUGGGCCCCUGGCUGGGCAGUGGGGUGCCUGCACCUUACUUGAGUCAGCCCGAGACUGCCAGGCUUCUUCCGGAUGACAAGAUCUUUGUGACCAGGUCAGUGAGGAUCACUUGCUUUUUAAAAUUCUCCUAUAUAUACAGAACUCCCUGUGCGCCUUUUGGACUGUAUCUGUAGGUUUUUCUCUUGGGGUCAAAUAACUGGGGUCACAUAAGUGUGGAUCACUUUUUAUAAUACAUGCAAAAUGGAUCUCCCUCUGGAGGUUGUGGACUCCUUCCUCAGAGAUUUCUAAGCAGAGGUUGGAUGGCCAUAUGUCAGGGAUGCUUUAGCCAAGUUUCCUACAUUGCAGGGGGUUGCACUAGAAAGAUGACCCUUGGGGUCCCUUCCAGCUCUAUGAUACCAUGUUUUUCUGCUUCAACAACAUUUCAUUAUGUUCAUAUCAUUUAAUGUAAUUGUAUUUUGUAUAAAUUAUAAAAAAUAUUUUUAAAAUGUUCUAUCUACAAACAAAAUAUUUAAAUAGUUACCUUUCUACUGGUAGGAUGGGGAGGGCAUGGGCGUAGACAGGAUUUUUGUUAGGGGGCAGGUGCUUGCUAGGGGGAGUAGAACCUGAUUUGUAUUGAUUUGUACUUAUUGGGGGGGGCAGCUCCCCCCUUGGCUAUGUCUAUGGGGGGGCACAGGAAGGUCGGAAAGGAGGUCAUGGUCUAGGGACAUAAUUGUCAGUGGGAGUUUAGUUGCUUUGCUGUGUUCGAUCAAAUUCAGUAAUUUCCUAAUGGAGUCUGUUAUAUUGAGACCAGGGACGAAGCCAGUCUGGUCCGGGGCAAUUAAUUUGUGUAGGACUUUUUUUUUUAGUCUUGCAGUCUUGGUUUAUCAAUGAGAGAUCCGGUGGUAUGAUUCUACUCUGAGGCUAUCUUUGAGUAGUUUUGGAAUAGAGACUAUUUUGAAAGAAGUCCAGGUUUUAGGGAUGGGGGCCCCUUUUAUGAUGUGGUUGAAUAGGUGGGUCAUGUAGGGAAUCAGGGUUUCUUUGAAUUUCUUGAAAAAUUCUGCUGUAAAGUCAUGAAAUACUGCAUUUUGAUGUGUUACCCCCACCCACCCAAACCAGGUUUGAUCCAAACUAAGAAAAGGAACCUGGCUGCAUUUUAAACUGAUAAUAAUAAUAAUUUAUUUAUACCCUGCCCAUCUGGCUGAGUUUCCCAAGCCACUGGGCGGCUCCCAGUCCAGUGUUAAAAACAAUACAGCAUUAAAUAUUAAAAACUUCUGCCUUCAGAUGUCUUUAAAACAUAGGAUAGCUGCUUACACAGUAAAGGGCUUGCGACGACUCCCGCCAGCAUCCAAAAUGGCGGAGUCUCCUCCUACAAUCUCACCAUAGAUUUCUGGAAGCUUUGCUCAGCCCCCUUCUCCCAUCUGUAUUCUCUUUCUCAAUCGCCGGGUCUCAAUCCAGCCAAUGGCGCAGCGCUGACGUCUUUUGAUUGGCGGGCGCGAAGACGAGUCGAAGCUUUCUUCCGCCGCUUUCGUAUAGAGGCGGUCCCGCGCUCGGCGUCGGCGUCGGCCAAUAGGAAUCGAAGGUGCUUCCUGUACUGGGCCGUCCUAUCCUAAUUGGAGCGCGGUGUGCACAAGGCGAAGCGGGAAGCGCCUCGGCAACUCGGACCUGAGCAGGUGAGGGGGCUCUGCGUAGGGCGGCGGCGAGGAGCGGGCGAGGGAGGCUUCCCAUGGCGGCGCGAGCCUCCCGCCCUGGCGCCUGGUCCCUCAGACCUCGUGAUGGUGGGCGGGCGGGCGGGCGGGCGCCGGUCGGUCAUGGAGAGGAGGCGCCUCUGCUUGGGUCGCCUCUUGGUUCCUUCCUCGCCGGCGCAUUCAGACGACCGUUUCGGCCACGAGCGAAAUUGCUUCCCCACAUACGUCGCUUUGCCUCCGGCGAGGCGCUCGGGAGGGCAGGGCCUGCAUGGCGGCGCCUCGGAAGUCCGGGAUGCCUCGGCUGCUUGCGGAACUUGAAGGCGCCGUCGCGGCGCCUCCCCUCCGCCCGCGCCAGCCUCGUGGCUGCGGCGCUCGGGCCUACCCGGGAGUGCCCUGCCUUGGCUGUGCUUCCGAGGCUCCCUUGGGGGUCCUGCGCCUGAAAAGGAGGCGCUCUCUUUCGCCCCCGCCGACGUCCCGCCUCUCUCUCUCUCCUCCCUCCUCCCUCCUCCUCUGGCGAUCACUUGUUGCCGAGUAAACUGCCGGAUUUACGUAUAAGCUAAACAAGCUACAUGUUAGGGCCCUACUCUCUUGGGGGCCCCCAUAAAAUUUAAAGGGGGGGAAAACUGGAUGUACGUUUCCAAAAUAUAAGAUAAAAAAUAAAAUGAAACCUACAUACAACAACAGUGUUUUGUGUUGUGUAGGCUCCUAUGAUGUAAGUAAUAGGCCCUUCUAGCCUGCUCCCCAAAUAUCACUGGUUUGCUCAUUUCUAUAUAUAGGGUGCCCACAUUCUGCAAGUGCAAAUGGAUUUAGAUACCUACUAGGCCCAUAAAUUACCAUAUAGCAUAUAUUCAACACAAAAAAACAGCGACAAUUGGUUGUUGACAAAAGACAGUUGGACAUAUAAAGGGCCCCAUUACCUUCAGUAGCUUAGGGCCUCAUCAAACCUAAAUCCGGCCCUGCAAGUAAGAUUGUGUUCCAUGAACACGGUCUUAACCGUGUAAGUGAAUGUGAAGGCCAAUUCUGGAUCCACACGUCCUUCCACAGGGGGGACCUAGGUUUCUGGGCGGGAGUUGAUCACGGUUUGGUUUUGCCAAGCAUGCCUUCCUCUUAGCACGUUUCUCCCUUUCAUCCUGAGUUUGUGCUUCUUCAAAGUCCAUUACACCUUUGGUAAAGGCUGUUUUCCAAUUGGAGCACUCACAGGCCAGUGUUUCGCAGUUAUCAGUGCUUAUACUACAUUUAUUUAAGAUUUGCUUUGAGAGAGUCUUUAAACCUCUUUUGUUUGACCACCAGAAUUAGACUUUCCAUUAUUGAGUUGGGAAUAGAGUAGUUGCUUUGGAAGAUGAUAAUCAGGCAUCCGAACAUGACCAGUUGAACGAAGUUGAUGUUGAAGAAUCAGAAUCAUCACUUCGACACUGGUGAUCUUUGCUUCUUCCAGUACAUUGGCAUUAGUUCGCCUGUCUUCCAAAGUGAUAUGUAAAAUUUUCGGAGACACUGUUGGUGGAAUCUUUAAAGGAGUUGGAGAUGGCUUUUAUAAGUGGUCCAUGCUUCACAAGCAUGCAGUGAGGUUGGUAGUACAAUAGCUUUGUAAACAAGCAUUUUGGUUUCCUUUCAAAUGUCCUGGUCCUCAACCACUCUGCACUUUAAUCAGGAGAAAGCUGCACUUGCAGAGCUCAUUCAGUGCUGGAUUUUGGCAUCAGUGUUGGCCCUUGUGGAAAGGUAACUGCCCAGGUAGGAGAAGUGAUCAACACUUUCUGAUGUUUCACCAUUGAGUUGGAUUUGUGGCACUGCAGAGGGGUUGUUUUGUGGUUGUUGGUGCAGCACUUUGGUUUUUUGGAUAUUGAAUGAUAGGCCACUGCAAAGAUAUUUAGGAUGGUUUGGAGGUCAUUCUCUGAGUGUGCCACCACUACCUUGUCAUUAGCAUACUGAAGCUCUCUGAUGGAAGUUAUUAUAACCUUACUCUUUGCUUUCGGCCUACACAGAUUAAAGAGCUUUCCAUCUGUUCAAUAUAUGAUUUCUACUCUGGUGGAGUGUUUCCCUUUGAGAUUGUGUAGGAUCAUGGCGAUGAAAAUAAUAGAGCUGGGGCAAUAAGCCCAUGCAAUAAGUCUCUUCAGUACUUCUUAAUAACUGACACUUCUUAAUCAUUCACAAACACUCCACAUCAAAAAGACAGGCAUAGGUUUUUUCAUAAUCUGUUUGAAGACCUGCCAUAAUAAAAUAGGGUGUAUUGCAUGGUAUAAAAGUAUUGGAGUAAAGGUUGCAGUCAGUCCUUAGCCUUGCCUUUGCUCUAAGGCUUUCAUAAGGUGCAGUAUGUCCUGUUCAGACUAUGGCAAGACUUCAGAUUGCAUUGGUUCUGCUUUGGCUGGAGGGCUUUGUUACUGGACAGUGAUGGUCCUGGGGCUGCUGUUUACCAAUUUGGUCUGUUUCUUUCUACAUCACCAGAUUUUCACAAGAACUACCUGCAAGUGCUUAGUAUAAUGUGCUGUAGUUGUUGCUGUAUGGUAGACCCUCUAAUAGAUGUACGAUAAACUUUAGACACAGAUUGACAGGCCCUUAUUUGUAUAUAAACUUUUUUUUUUUUAGAAAAAGGUAAAUUUGUUUAUAUGCUGCCCUAACGACGUAAGAAAAGCCUUCUGGAAUCGGCCAGAGGCGCAUCUAGUCCAGUGUUCUGUUUUCACAGUGGCCAGUGGGAUGCCUGCAAUCAGAAUAUGAAGUGCAGCUGUGCUAUCUGGUAUUCAGAAUAUACUGUUUCUGACAAUAACUAUUACACACAAUUGUUUUAAUCCAAUUUAAGGCCCUUUUUGAAAGGCAGGGCAGACUUUAAAUUUUAAAAAAUAAUCUGGCAGUAUCAGUUUUUGAUAAAGGAUUCGAAAAAAGUCUACACCUUAUCUAGAAACACUGCACUUUUGUUGGGCCAUUUUGCAUAUCGCCUUUAGGCUUCCAGCACCUUUCUCCCUCCGCAGUGGCAGGGGACCUAUUAGGAUGGUUGCCCCUCAGAGGCUGAUGGAUCCAAUGGGCUUGGAGCCUCUGGAACAUUCAAGCGGCUUGGGCUGUUGACAUAAUUGCUUUAUGGUGCCCGCUUAGGCAGCGGCAUAGCUGGCCACUUGGGUGCCUGGGGUGGUGCGUGCCCUGCGCCUCGGGGGCAAGACAGGCCGCCCAUUGGGCGGAGUGAGCUGGGGCAGCCUCACUGCCUCCCUCUCAGCUGUUAUUCUAAGUUAGGAAAUAAUACUUGGCUAUAAAAAGCAAUGUCUGAUGCAAAUGUUAGAAAGCCUUAAAAGAUGUUCGGAGAACUGUGGAAAGAUGGUACAAUCCGCUUCAACCAUUAGCUGGCAGUGCUAGUUGGAACUAAUGGGUGUGGAUGGAGUGCUUUGAGCUGAUCAUCCUUCAGUUGAUGCAGCUACAGUUGCAGUUCCUAACUCAUCCAGAUUUCACUUUUCCUGUUCUUUGGGUGCUCUUACUCCUGGGCUUAGUGGUCUUUCCUCAAGCCUUUGAUUCCUGCUUUUGGUUUUUCUACAGGACAUGGCUGAACAGGAUGUAGAGAAUGAGUUGCUGGACUAUGAGGAGGAUGAAGAGCCUCAGGCAGUGACUGAUGCUGCCCCUGUCCCCAAUAAAAAAGAUGUGAAGGGCUCCUAUGUCUCCAUUCACAGUUCUGGCUUCCGAGACUUCCUGCUGAAGCCAGAGCUCCUUCGUGCCAUUGUGGACUGCGGCUUUGAGCACCCGUCAGAAGGUAGGAGCUGAGCCAAGGCCCCUGGCCCCCUCGUCAGCCAGCCCAGCCCACCCACCGGGGAGCAACUGCCAGUGGUGCCAUGCGGUGCAGGGUGAGAGCUGGGGGCUGCAGGGAGCAGGGUGGGAGGGUUAUGCUGGAAUGGGAUGUCCUUGUUGAGCCUAGUAUAGCUCUCUAGAGCCCUACCUUAUUGGAAAUGGAGUUCACUUUGGAUGGAGCGACUUCAUAAUUGUCAGUCCAGCUGAGCAGACCCUAUUAGCCAUGGGAAAUGGGUUUAGACUCUGCAUGGAAUGGGGUGUGAUCUAACAUUUAAGAGAAAGGAGGGAUUUUAGGGUGUGCUAGUAAGAAGUUUCUGUAGGAUGACUAUUCCACAGCCAUGUCUUUCAUUUUAACUUGUAAUUCAGGCUGAUGAACCUGGAAAAUCCCAGUGCUUGUGCAGCAGCUGCUAUUGGAUGUGAAGAGAUUUUCCUCCCCUAGUAUGUGUGCAGAAAAGUUAACCUCAUGGAAGGGUGUGGUGUGGAAUCUCUGGAUUUAAAGGGUUGGGAAAGAGGUGGGAUCAAGUCCUCUGGGGGUACAUUUACUUUGGCUUCCUGUGUUUGCCUAGGGCUUGUCUAAACUAUUGCUUAUUCUUGCUCUCUCAGUGCAGCAUGAGUGCAUUCCACAGGCAAUCCUGGGCAUGGAUGUCCUAUGCCAAGCCAAAUCGGGCAUGGGAAAGACAGCUGUCUUUGUAUUGGCUACACUGCAGCAGAUUGAGCCACUGGAUGGGCAGGUAUGUAAUGGGGAAUAGUACUGUACUGUGCUUAUGUUCAGCGCAACUCUGUUUUGGAGCUAUAGGCUGUAUUUACAUGUAACACUAAAUGAUGUUUUAUUAUCAUCUGCAUGAACUGCUGUGAGCCAGAGAAAAGCCUUAGGUUCACACAACUUUCCUGUGAAGCCAGGAUGAGGCAGUGUUUUUUUCUUAAUUUUUAAGCCAGUGGUCUUUGACAAUGAAACUAAUUUUCAACAAAUCCUCAUUGUGGUUGCGAAGAAGGGAGGAGCGUUCAAGCCCAAGGCUCUGCUCAUCCUCACUGCAUCUCAAGGACAUAGCUCUAAACCAUUGUAUAGUGUUAUGUGUGUUUCAGGUAGCAGUGGGGAGUCCUAAACCCUUCUUGUCAUUGUACUGUCUUGCCAUUGUACAAAUUUGUCCGUUUCUUUCUGGCAGGUGUCUGUGCUGGUGAUGUGUCACACCCGGGAGCUGGCCUUCCAGAUCAGCAAAGAAUAUGAGCGCUUCUCAAAGUAUAUGUCCACUGUCAAGGUAAGGGAAAAUCUUUUGCAGUUAGGUCUGAAAUAUACAGAAUGCAGGCUAUUGCUGUAUGACAGGAAAAGGUGGAAGGCUAUCUUUGCUUAUGGAAAUGGUAUGUGCAGUUAUUUAGGAAAGAGCCUGUAGAUAGGGUUGAGAGAGAGGAAGUGACCUUAUUGUGGGAAUGGUUUUAGAUGUUUCUGACACAUUGCGUGUGAAGGGGGGGAAAAUAGAUCAGAGGCAAUUAUACUUCAUCCAGCAGAGCUUUUACUGCUACUGAAGGCAAAUGAGCAUAAUGGUCACAAAUCCAAUACAAUCAGGAUUGGGACAGUCCAUAAAAAAUCCAGUUGAAGCACUUACAAUAAAACGUACAAUAACUUAUAAGUUUAAACCUUAACACCACAGCAUACAGAACACCACACCACAUCAGAACAGAGACAGAAAGAGAAAGUAAGAGAGAACCCAGGCUCCUCCUGGCCUCCCUAAUAUAGUCAGCAAAAGAUAACAGAACCAGUUUAAACCAGCUGUACUCAGCUUCUCUGAAGGAAUAACCCAAACAAGAACCUUCUACCUAUUUCUUUCACAUAGAAAGAAAACUUUCCAGAACCCUCUUGAAUUAAGUAGAGCAGGAAAGAUCUCUACACAUCAGAUCAAUACUUUCUGUACUAAGAAAUGGAAACUGACAGUUUCUGCAUCUAAAACUUGAACCUACCUUCAGAUAGAACGAAAGCUCAUGGGUGAGAAGCUCUGUUGGAACCCAGGCUUUUGCUAAUGUUGUCAGUUUAAGACCCUGUUGUCAGUUUAAGACCCUGUUGUCAGUUUAAGACCCAGUUAAAUUGAUGGGAAGCGCUUGUAGCUCAUUGGUAGAGCACACACUUGGUAGAGCAUAUGAAAGGCACUGGGCUCAUUCCCUGGCUUCUCCACCUAAGACCAUCAAGACCCUCAGAGCUAUUGCCAGCAGUGUAGGCAAUACUGAACUAGGUAGGCCAAUAGUCUGACUUGGUUUAAGGUAGCUUACUAUGUCCCUAUAUUCUGAAAGAGCCUGCCUCUGCUUCCUUGCACCACCUGAUUGCUUCAUGGGGACCAAAAGCCUUGUUUCUUGGGUUCGGAACAAUAGUUGAUCUGAUGUGUUAUAUUAUGGUGGAGAGUUGGUAGCGCAUGAGACUCUUAAUCUCAGGGUCACGGGUUCAAACUCCACAUUGGGUGAAAGAUUCCUGCAUUGCAGUGGGUUGGACUAGACAGUUCUCAUGGUCCUUUCCAACUCUAUGAUUCUAUGAUUAGAGGUGAGACGGAGCGUAGGUAUGCCGCACUCGUAGUUAAUUGCACUCUCCCUUCCAAGUACUUUAUUGCACAAGUUAGGUGUGGUGCCCUCCAGAUGUUGGUGGACCAACUCAUCAUCAGCCCCAGCCAGCAUGGCCUAGUGGUCAGGGAGAAUGGGAGUUGUAGGCCAGCAGCAUUUGGAGUGCACCAUGUUGACUGUCCCUGACGUAAGUAAAUUGGUGGGGAGUUACUGAAGUUCUGAAGGUUAGGUGGUUGGGUUUUUCUGUGUGGCUGACAGUAGUUUCUGUUUGUACUGCAGGUGUCAGUCUUCUUUGGGGGGCUUUCCAUCAAAAAGGAUGAAGAGGUGCUGAAGAAAAACUGCCCGCAUAUUGUGGUGGGGACCCCGGGCCGCAUUUUAGCACUGGUGCGCAACAAGACCCUCAACUUGCGCAAUGUCAAGCAUUUUGUUUUGGAUGAGUGUGACAAGAUGUUGGAGCAGUUGGGUAAGAGACAAGAGGGGCUGGCAUAAUAAAGACACAAUGUAUUGCGUUUUCAUGGUCUGGGGUUAUUCAUCCAUUUGGGUAUGGGAGUUGCUGGCCUUGGGAGAAAGUCUGGUGCUUGAGUUCCAAGUCAAGGAACUGAGGAGCAGCCAGCUAGAGGAAGGGCACUGUUGCUUAAAAAAUCUGCCCUGAGGCAUGUCAGGAAGUCAGCCAUCUCUUUCAAGAACAUGGGGAAGCAAGGGACGGUUUCUACAGCCUGAAGUUCUGUUCCUGUUCAGAUUAUGUGGUAGAGCAGAGACAUGUUGGAUACCAAGAGUGGAGCAAGGUGGUGGAACUCAGACUGGUAUGUCCUUUUCAGAAGCCAGUAUUUGGUGAAUUACAGCAACCUGAUUCUUCCUGCUGUUCUUUCAGAUAUGCGUCGUGAUGUGCAGGAGAUCUUUCGACUGACACCCCAUGAGAAGCAAUGCAUGAUGUUUAGUGCCACCCUGAGCAAGGAGAUCCGGCCUGUCUGCAGAAAGUUCAUGCAGGAUGUAAGCCCUAAAACCUUUGAUUUCAUCCUCCCCUUAGAUUAGUUUCCCAGACUUUGGUUUCCAGCUGCUGUUGGGCUACAAACCCCAUUAUCCCUAGCUACCAGGACCAGUGGUCAGGGAUGAUGGGAGUUGUAGUCCAAAACAAGCUGGAGACCCAAGUUUAAGAAACUGUCCUAGAUGGUUGCACUAGCGUAGGAGAUCCAGGAAAAGGCCUUCCACACUAGGCUAAAGAGGCCCCUUUGAGGCAGUUUUGCCCUACUGCCUUGUUUCAAAAGGGACCCUUUAUGUUGAAGGAAGGCUUGGUAGUAUGAGGCAGUCAUGGGUGUAGCCAGGAUUUUGGGGGGUGGGGUGGGGGCAGAACCUAAGAUUUGUAUUGAUUUUGAUUGAUUUGGGGGGCAGCUAUGCCCAUGGAGGCAUUGGAUUGUUUGCAGCUCAUUAUAUCAUUCUUGGGUGACGAUAGGUGGAGGGAAGUUAGUGAUCAUAGUCCUAUUCAACUUCGUUGUGUUCCCUAUGCUUUCUUAGCGUGGCUGUUAGAAAACCCAAACACAUUGUUUUCUGUUUCAUCUCUCUAUAGGACCACAGUGGCAUUUUUCUCCCUUUUUGCAAGUCCUGGUAGAAUGCAUAUCAAUAGUAUUGGAAAUGCAGACACUGCUUAUUGAGGCUGAUACUUUCUGGCAUAUAAAGUUUAAAAAAGGAAGUUCCCUUAGAGCUGAAUUGUCUUGCUCUAGAUGGUUGGGAAAAUCCAUGGAACAGACUUAGGGUGCAUAUGGAAAGAGGAGGAAGGGGAUAGUCUCAUUGCACCAGUGAAUGUCACUCCAUGCUCCCUUUGAUUCCCCCACUGAUUGGAAUAGUGUACCAUGCCAGCCAGAGAAGGCAGAAAGUUAGGCACGUUCAGGUAUAUAGCUCAGGGUGGAAAAUGACCAUCAGUCUCUCAUUACCACUGUUAAAUUCCGUCUGAAGCUGUGCAGAUGCCAACAGCUGCUGAGUGCUAUCAUUACAUGCUUUUGGUUGUAAAGGAGAGCUGCACUGCGACAUCUCAUCUAGUUGACCUACUAGUUUUGAAUGUUUCUUUGUCUUCAUUGUUUUCCCAGUAGAUUAGAAAAUGUUUACCUCGGGACCUUGAUAAAAUGCAUGAUAAAUGCCUACCAAGUUAGCUUUCUCUCCUUCCAGGCACUUAAAGCAAUUUUGUAGAUAAUUAACAGUAGUGGGAAUUCUCCCUUCAGUGCUUGGCAGAAGAGGGAGCUUUUGAGCAUGUAGAGAAUUCAUCUGCACUUCUACAGAUGAAAUAGUUCUAUUUCUGCUCCCAGCAUCCAACAUUCCCUGUAGUGAUCAAAGUAAUGCCUAUCGCUGUGGGAAUUUGGUAUUUUCUACAUCUAUCAAUUAAACAUGAAAAGUGGUGUUUAAAAACUUGUCUAGAUAUGUUUGGAGCAUUUUGCUGUCUUUGCUGGUAAAAGGUCACAUUGGCUUUCUUUUCCGUUCGCAGCCCAUGGAAGUCUUUGUGGAUGAUGAGACCAAGCUGACUCUGCAUGGCCUGCAGCAAUACUACGUGAAGUUGAAGGACACUGAGAAAAACCGCAAGCUCUUUGACCUUUUGGAUGUGCUGGAGUUCAACCAGGUCUGUGUUAGCAAGGAUUAACAAGCAGGGCUCCUGGGAGUCCCUGGAGCUUCCAUGUUAAAGCCCCUUCCCUCUUCCCACCCCUUGCAGGUUGUGAUAUUUGUGAAGUCGGUGCAGCGCUGCAUGGCAUUAGCUCAGCUCUUGGUUGAGCAGAACUUCCCAGCCAUUGCUAUUCACAGAGGCAUGUCUCAGGAGGAGAGGUGAGUACAGCGAGAUGGCUGUGUCAGGAGAGGGCAGCAGCAAAUAUAGUGCAGAACAUGAAUGCUGAGUUCACUUUUUUAUCAUGGAAUGUGGCUUGUUGACAUCAGUUGUGUGUGUUAAGGGGAAGAGGGGAUCUAGAAAGUUAAUGCACUAGAGAUAAUGGGCUGUGCACUGCAUACAGCUCCUGUAUGUGUUCAGGGGAGGUCAGCCAUGUCUCUUUUGUUCUUUGCAGACUGUCUAGGUACCAGCAGUUCAAGGACUUCCAACGUCGGAUUCUGGUAGCUACUAAUCUGUUUGGCCGUGGGAUGGACAUAGAGCGGGUCAACAUAGUCUUCAACUAUGACAUGCCUGAGGACUCGGAUACCUACCUGCACAGAGUGAGUCUAGUUAUAGGAUGGGGAAUGAACUGCAGAGUCAGACUUGUUUCUCUGGAAGGUAUUUGUUCUAAUACCUUGCCAUUCAUGCUUGUGGCAGGGAGCUGCUAACCGUUGCAGGUCCUGGCUAGUUCCUAGUCACAUCCUUUCUGAUAAUUUAACUUUGGUAGUUUAGUUGCAAAUGUUUCUGCAAUCAGGCUACAUAGUUUCCAGGGUGGAGGAAAAGAGCAUCAGCCUGCUUUCUGAGCCUGUCACAGGGUGCAGGGCAGAGAUAGUACCUCUGGGGUGAUGAAUUCAGAGAUUAUAAGGAUGUUUUUUCUGUGUGUCCUUGAUAUAAACCUCUCUUUGCAGGUGGCCCGCGCUGGGCGCUUUGGCACAAAAGGCUUGGCUAUUACUUUUGUGUCAGAUGAAGGUGAUGCCAAAAUCCUCAAUGAAGUGCAGGAUCGUUUUGAGGUCAACGUCGCUGAGCUCCCUGAAGAGAUAGACAUCUCCACAUAUAGUAUGUACUAGAAAUUAACUUGGACAGGCUUUUCUUCCUGAUGGCAUGUUCUUUGUCUACCCUGCCCAAGUGUGGGGGAGAAUCAGGGUAGCCAUUGUACACUAUUUCUGGGAACCUGAAGGAAGACAAAGGGGUCCAUCGAGUGGAUCCUCGUCUGUACCGAUAGUAUAUGUUGCUGGGUCUUAAAGUGCAAUGGAAUUUCACUUCUCUGCCCCCACCACCCACAAAUUGGCUCCAGAGGGUUGUGGGAAACUCCAGAGCAUAUCAGGAUAUCAGGAGUGUGGGGAGGAGAGACGUUCUAUUGCACUUGUGGAAGUUGUUCCCAUUUUUGUGCCCUGUUUGUGUUGUAGGGCAUGGAUUUGGGGACACUUCUAGACUGACUCUGGCUUGCUGCUUAGUUUCAUCUGAUCAUUUGUUACCUUCAAAGUGGGAGGCUUCUAAUAAGCACCAGAUUUCUGUGUCUCUCCUCCCCCAAAUGUUUGAAAGGGAACAGAUAGGUAGGGGCAAGACCUUUGAAGUUGUGGUUCAGUUGCCCCCCAACUGAUUCUCUAUCUUUCCUCCUUGCCCCAUGAGUCAGUGGCACAUGAUAGGAAAAAACCCCUGCUCUGGCAGAUGUGUUGCAGCUGUUAGGACAGAGGUAACUGUUACGGUGCCAAUGAGAGGCUGCUGGGGUGAGGAGGUGGAAUGUGAAGUACGUGGUACAUGUUGCAGCAAUGGUUCUUGGAAGCAGGGCACUAUGCUGGGAGCAGUGCCUGCUGAAGUGUUUGGGAUGACAACUCUGAAUUACCAUUAGGCUACCUGAAUAACUUUAACCCUAGUACAGGAUUGGGGAGCAUGUGGGCCGGAUGCAGUUGUGGGGCAUCCCCAUUUGCCCCACAAGAUCCUCUCAUUGUUCCGUGCAAGUUUAUGGAUUGAAAAAAGCUGCCUUUGGGAGCCAGUAGGCUUUUUCAAGCCCCAUUGAAAUGCAGGGGACUGGGGAGGGACAUGUUUGGUUGUGGUGGAGUUACCUACUCCACCUUUGUAGAACUGGUAAUGGGUAUAGCAAAAUGCCUCUCCAUAGCAGGGGUAGCUUGUAAGUUUUUUGCCCUGGUUUUGCUAGGGAGGAGUAUUGACUGACUGUUUUGUCUCCUGCAGUUGAACAGAGUCGGUAG